CGAUUUGACCAGUCAGUUAUCAUCAGCGGUCGACGAUGAAUAAGUAUUUGGUGGCUGUAGCUUUCCUGGCUGUUGUAGCGAUAGCUAUAGCACGUCCUGAAGACCUGUACACCUCAAAGUACGACAAUAUCGAUGUCGAUGAGAUUUUGCAUAGCGAGAGACUGUUAAAGAACUAUAUGAAUUGUCUAUUGGACAAAGGCAGGUGUACUCCUGCAGGACAAGAAUUAAAAGAUCAUUUGCCAGACGGUUUGGAGAACGGUUGUAAGAAGUGCACCCCCACCCAACAAAGAGUGGGAAAGAAAGUGCUGAAGUUCCUCAUUGAAGAGAAAAGGGACUAUUACGAUUUGCUGGAAGCCAAAUAUGAUCCCACUGGAAAAUACAGGAAGAAGUAUGAAGAAGAUGCAAAAAAGGAAGGUAUUAAAUUUUGUUUUAAAUGUAAAGUCAUGUUUGACGAUUUUAAAGCAAUAAUUCAGUGCACAGCAUGCAAACAGUAUCUUCAUGGAAAGUGUGGAAAUGUAGAUAUGCGAGGCUUCCACAUGAGGAAGUCAACCUGGAAGUGCGAUGGGUGCGAGGGAUCAAUAGUUGAUGUGCCGAGAAAGCGUAGCAGGGUCAAUGAUUUCAUUGACCAGGACUGUGUUGCUGAAAUCAGUUACACCUUACAGUUUCUGGUGGCAAAGAUGAAGGAACUGGGAGAUAAGGACUGGCAACCUAAGAUCUUGUUUCUCAGUGAAACUCAUGUAUCAGAGGAUAUUGUACCCUCUGAACUUAAUGUUGAGGGGUACAAACUAGAAAAGUGUGCGACAGACAAUAAUAGAACUGGAGGAGUAAUUGCUUUAACAGUUGAAGACAUCGAUAUUGACAUUGAAAGUGUAAGUGUUUGUGUGGAUGGACAGAAAUUAGUUUACGAGGAUCAAAUUAAAUAUCUCGGAGUAAUUUUAGACUCGAACUUAACUUUUCAGGCUCAUGCGGAUUAUAUCAUGAGAAAGUUUGCUAAAAAGUUUCAUAUAAAAGCCGAUGAGUUUGUUUAUCCAAAAGACCCUUACAAGUUUCCUUGUAAAUAUAACCGUUUUGGAGUUAUUGAGAAGUCUUUCUAUGAAAAAACAUACGAAACCAUGAAGUUGUUUCUGGUCAUUGUUAUGGUGCAAAUAGUGUUAUUGGCGGCACAAAAAAACACCUCUGGCUCUGACAAUUUGGAUAUUGACCAAAUUUUGUCCGACAAGAGGGUUGUGGAGAGUUACAUCAAGUGUGUCCUAGAUGAAGGACCUUGUAGUCCCCAAAUAAGAGAGUUAAGAAAGAUUUUUAUCGAAGCCAUUGAGACAAGUUGCGUCAAAUGUACCGAGGCCCAAAAGCGAUUCGUGAAAAAGGGAGCGAAUUUCAUGAAAGCGAAUCAACCUAAAGAGUGGUCCAAGAUUGUUAAGAAGUACAACAUCGAGGGUACGAGAGCUGCUUCUUUUAACGCCUUUUUGAGCUCUUAGUUCGACCUUUUAAUUAAUUGAUUAAUUGUGAUGUUUCAGUUAUUAGCAAUAUACGUUGUGCAACAAUA